CGUAGUGGCUCUACAUAAGAACAAGUGUAUAUAAAUUUAUUAAGAUAAACAAUUAUGAAGAUUAUCCUACAUUUAUGUUUGUUAUUUACUGUGCUCAACGUGGUCCUGUCACAAAUUUUUUAUCCUGCCAUAAGAGUUCAUCAAUUUGCUUUGCUACAAAACGGUAAUGUUACUGUAGUUCCAUUUAUUGAAAGAGCAAGUCCAGCACCUUUAGUGCCUCGAGAUGCUAGAGGAAGACGUUUAGUAAUGGCAGCUACUCAGGCCACUCCAGCUAUGCAAAGUAACAAUACAAGUUUAGUUCCAUCCAAUAAUAAUACGAGUGCUUUAUUGGUACCCCAAUAUCCUGGAGGGGCAGAUAUACAGUUAGACGUGCGUGGGGAUGUAUAAAAAUUUUGUAUCUAGUGUUAACAAAUAAUUCUUAAUAAGUUAUAUUUUAAAGGCUUUUACUUUACAAAAUUAAUUUACAUACAUA